AUGGGCAUUUCUCUGUUCGCCUCCCGAGUUUAUAUCCUCAAGCUACAACCCCCCUGGAAGCUCUGGCCUGCUGAGGUGAAGCGCAGCUGCCCUUCAUGUGGCCCAGAGCCUGGGGGUGAAGAGAAGAAGGGGAGAGGAAACCCUAUUUCUGUGCAGCUGUUUCCCCCAGAGCUGGUGGAGCAUAUCAUCUCAUUCCUCCCGGUCAGAGAUGUAGUGGCUCUCGGCCAGACCUGCCACUACUUCCACAAAGUGUGCGAUGCCGAGGGCGUAUGGAGACGCAUCUGUCACCGGCUCAGUCCUCGCCUUCGAGAGCAGGGAUCUGGGGUCCGGCCCUGGAAGAGAGCUGCCAUUCUUAACUACACAAAGGGCCUGUAUUUCCAGGCAUUUGGGGGCCGCCGCCGCUGUCUCAGCAAGAGCGUAGCCCCCCUGCUAGCCCAUGGCUACCGUCGCUUCCUGCCCACCAAGGACCACGUCUUCAUUCUUGACUACGCAGGGACCCUCUUCUUCCUCAAAAAUGCCCUGGUCUCCUCCACCCUUGGCCAGAUCCAGUGGAAGCGGGCCUGCCGCUAUGUUGUGUUGUGUCGCGGAGCCAAGGAUUUUGCCUCGGACCCAAGAUGUGACACAGUUUACCGGAAAUACCUCUAUGUGUUGGCCACUCGGGAGCAGCCGGGAGUGACGGGGACAACCGGCAGCCGGUCCUGCGACUGUGUGGAGGUCUACCUGCAGUCCAGUGGGCAGCGGGUCUUCAAGAUGACCUUCCACCACUCCAUGAACUUCAAGCAGAUUGUGCUGGUCGGUCAGGAGACCCAACGGGCUCUGCUGCUUCUCACAGAGGAAGGAAAGAUCUACUCUUUGGUAGUGAAUGAAACCCAGCUGGAUCAGCCACGCUCCUACACAGUUCAGCUGGCCCUGAGGAAGGUGUCCCGUUGCCUCCCUCACCUGCGUGUGGCCUGCAUGGCUUCCAACCAGAGCAGUACUCUCUACAUCACGGACCAGGGGGGAGUGUAUUUUGAGGUGCAUACCCCAGGGGUGUAUCGUGAUCUCUUUGGGACCCUUCAAGCCUUUGACCCCCUGGACCAGCAGAUGCCGCUUGCUCUCUCACUGCCUGCCAAGAUCCUAUUCUGUGCUCUUGGCUACAAUCACCUUGGCCUGGUGGAUGAAUUUGGCCGAAUCUUUAUGCAGGGAAAUAACAGAUAUGGGCAGCUGGGAACAGGGGACAAAAUGGACAGAGGGGAACCCACACAGGUACAUUAUCUGCAACGCCCCAUCGCCCUGUGGUGUGGCCUCAACCACUCCCUGGUGCUAAGCCAGGGCUCGGACUUCAGCAAGGAGCUGUUGGGCUGUGGCUGUGGGGCCGGAGGCCGCCUCCCUGGCUGGCCUAAGGGGAGCGCCUCCUUCGUCAAGCUCCAUGUCAAGGUCCCUCUGUGUGCCUGCUCUCUCUGCGCGACCCGAGAGUGCCUCUACAUGCUGUCCAGCCACGACAUCGAGCACCAUCCUGCCUACCGGGACCUCCCAGCCAGCAGGGUGGUGGGGACCCCCGAGCCCAGCCUGGGGGCCGGAGUGCCCGAGGACCCCGGAGGGGAAGCCCGGGCCUGUGAGGAGUACCUCAGCCAGAUCCACAGUUGCCCCACGUUGCAGGACCGCAUGGAAAAGAUGAAAGAGAUCGUAGGCUGGAUGCCCUUGAUGGCUGCGCAGAAAGAUUUCUUCUGGGAGGCCCUGGACAUGCUGCAGAGGGCUGCUGGAGGGGUUGGCCAAGGCCCUCCAACCCCUGAAAGCUGACCUCCCUCUCCUAGUCUCACCCCUGAAGGGGGAGUCCAGCCCUGGGCCAGGGGCUAAGGAGAGAUGAAGUGGUGGCAGUGAACACUGGGGGCGGGGGGGGCGGGGACCACAUGAGGGUGGGGCCUGCUAGACAUGCCAGGGUGGGCAGGGAAAUGUUUUGUAAAAUGUUUGGGGGGCUGCCCAGGAGGGGCCCCUGACCUGACUAUCAUGGACAAAAGAUCUGAUGGAUAAAUACAAUAAAAGGCUGAAGCAAG